AUGAAGUUCGGCAAGCGACUGAAGCAACACGUUCAAGAAACGUUGCCCGGGUGGCGGGAUAUGUAUUUGAACUACAAAGAUUUAAAGAAGCUUGUGAAGCUCAUAUCGGGGUACGGGAAAUCAAAGGCGGCUUUUGUGUAUCUUUUGGACAAUGAGAUCGAUAAGUUUAACUUGUUUUUCAUGGAACAAGAAGAGGAUUUCGUUAUUCGUCACAAGGAGUUGCAACAAAGAAUAAAGAAGGUGAAGGAGGGUGAAGCAUCAUCAGAAGGAGAGUAUGAAGAAGAGAUGUCAAGAAUUAGAAAAGACAUAGUUGACUUUCAUGGUGAAAUGGUUCUUUUAGUCAACUAUAGCAACAUCAAUUACACUGGAAUGGCAAAGAUUCUUAAGAAAUACGACAAACGAACAGGAGGAUUAUUGCGUUUACCGUUCAUACAAAAGGUGUUGGAGCAACCUUUCUUCACCACGGAGCUCAUUUCGAAGCUUGUGAAAGAAUGUGAAGCCACGAUUGACGAGCUUUUUCCGACGGUGGUGGUGGCGGAGGAGAUGAAAGAGUCAACGAUCACGAUGGCAGGAGAAGGGAUUUUCAGAAACACGGUUGCAGCAUUGAUGACGAUGAAAGAGAUUAGAAAAGGGAGCUCGACUCAGAGUCAUUUUUCUCUCCCGGCUCUAAAUUUGCCGGAUACUGAGCUUAUUCGAUCCUUUCAGUUCAACGCGCCCAUACCCAUCAUAUAA